AUCCUGUGGCUAUACUUAGGUACAAUCCUGUGGCUAUACGUAGGUACAAUCCUGUGGCUAUACGUAGGUACAAUCCUGUGGCUAUACGUAGGUACAAUCCUGUGGCUAUACGUAGGUACAAUCCUGUGGCUAUACGUAGGUACAAUCCUGUGGCUAUACGUAGGUACCAUCCUGUGGCUAUACGUAGGUACAAUCCUGUGGCUAUACGUAGGUACAAUCCUGUGGCUAUACGUAGGUACAAUCCUGUGGCUAUACUUAGGUACAAUCCUGUGGCUAUACUUAGGUACAAUCCUGUGGCUAUACGUAGGUACAAUCCUGUGGCUAUACGUAGGUACAAUCCUGUGGCUAUACGUAGGUACAAUCAUGUGGCUAUACGUAGGUACAAUCCUGUGGCUAUACGUAGGUACAAUCCUGUGGCUAUACGUAGGUACAAUCCUGUGGCUAUACGUAGGUACAAUCCUGUGGCUAUACGUAGGUACAAUCCUGUAGCUAUACUUAGGUACAAUCCUGUGGCUAUACUUAGGUACAAUCCUGUGGCUAUACGUAGGUACAAUCCUGUGGCUAUACGUAGGUACAAUCCUGUGGCUUUACGUGGGUACAAUCCUGUGGCUAUACGUAGGUACAAACCUGUGGCAGUAAGUAGGUACUCUCUUUUGGCAAUAAGAAGGUACAGACCUGUGGCAGUAAGUAGGUACAAUCAUGUGGCUAUACGUAGGUAUAAUCCUGUGGCUAUACGUAGGUACAAUCUUGUGGCUAUACGUAGGUACAAUCCUGUGGCUAUACGUAGGUACAAUCAUGUGGCUAUACGUAGGUACAAUCCUGUGGCAAUAAGUAGGUACAAUCCUGUGGCAGUGAGUAGGUACAAUCCUGUGGCAAUGAGUAGGUACAAUCCUGUGGGAAUAAGUAGGUACAAUCUUGUUGCAGUGAGUAGGUACAAUCCUGUCGCAGUAAGUAGGUACAAUCCUGUGGCAUUGAGUAGGUACAAUCCUUUGGCAAUAAGUAGGUACAAUCCUGUGGCAGUAAGUAGGUACAAUCCUGUGGCUAUACGUAGGUACAAUCCUGUGGCUAUACGUAGGUACAAUCCCGUGGCAAUAAUUAGGUACAAUCCUGUGGCAAUAAUUAGGUACAAUCCUGUGGCAAUAAGUCGGUACAAUCCUGUGGCAGUAAGUAGGUACAAUCCUUUGGCAGUAAGUAGGUCCAAUCCCAUAUCAUUCCCAUGGGUGGUAGUAGGUAAGAGCUUCAAUAUUGCGGAUGCUAAAGUAACACAUGCAUUUUAUUGUUUUAGACUAAACUAUGGAGAGGAAAGGUGGCCAGUGAAGGAGACACUGAGUUCCAUUUGUGGAGUGUUGGAGGGACAACAGAAAUAAUGUCCGACGAGGAGUUCGACAAUGAAACAAAGACGGUUAACUUGAGAACUACACGAUGGAGAACAGAACGUUUCAAAAACUACAUCAAAAUCCUAGAUAAACGAAUUAAGGACCGUAAACUUAGAGACUACAUCCAUGAGAGAAAGCGUAGUGGACCCUCUGAGAGAUCAAAGCCUAAAAACUGGCAAGGGAAAUACCCUGGUGUGGUCGAGUAAGGGCGAAUGAGUCUUGUACAAUCCCGUGUUCCGUGCCCGUGUUACAUGGCCGAAGCUUACGGUCCCAAACUGAAUGCAACAAAUAAUUAUAACACAGUUAAUAAAAUCAUAAUAGGGCUAUACCUUUCAUAUUUUAGCAAUAUGAAAGUAGGAUAACGACAAUCAAGUUCUGAAAGUUUCAUGACUCUCAUUCAAAUUAUUUGUAUUAUUUUUCAUAGCCUUUCACAGAUAUGUUCGAUUUCAUCCACUUCCUGUAAAUGCAUGACUAGCUACUGAAAGUAAAAUCAUUAUAGAGAUUAAUAAUAAAUGCUAUUAAAAAUUGUACAUUUUCGCCUUAUUUAUGUAAGUGAAGCAAGGUC